GUUUCCCUCCCGCCCCUUCUUGAGGGGAAGGGCGGGCGCCUCGGCCCGGCAGCGAGCCCUGAGGGGCGGGGAGGCUGCUUGAGGGUGACUUGCGAGGAGACUACCGUCCCCGGAGCCUGGACCUGAGGUUUUUUGUGGCCUAGCGAGAAGCGGUUUCCUUUCCCGAGCUGUUGGCAUCUUCUUGCCUGGAUUCAGUCGUUCCCAAAGGAAUGGAGGAAUGCAGCUGAUAAGUCCUUAACCACCCUGUGCUCCUGUAGGCAGCACUAGAAGCUGGCUUCAUCCUCCCCACUUUGGCACUUUGGGGGUGGGCCUCUCUUUGUUACCUGCUCUGGGUACCUUCUUAGGGGCACUAUAGACCAAAGGAGAUGGAAGAAAAGGAGCGAUGUGAUAAAUUUCAGCUGGUACCUUGAGACUAAGGGGAUUCAUAUCUUUUGACUUUUUUUUUUUUUUUUUCCUGUGGGGGGUGGGGGGGAGGGAAGGAUUACAUUUUAUGGGGUAUGGGAGGAGGGAGGAAAAAUAUGUUGCAGAUCUUUAUGUGGUUUUUAAAACCAGCCAUCAGAGGCAAUUACUGAAUAAACUGAAGCACAAGAGGGAGGGUUUGCGAGCUGGAAGCAGCGCUAGCCUGCAAAAAAAGGGGGCAGUGGGCUGCUGUUGUGACUGCGGAGGAAGAAAUUUCAGCCUCCUUCGUUUCUCACCACCUACUCACCAUCCACCCUACGCGAAAAUGAGUUGCGUGCCAUGGAAGGGUGACAAGACCAAAUUGGAAUCACCAGAGCCACCCCAGCUACCACCACUGCAUAUUUACCAUGAGAAGCAGCGUAGGGAGCUGUGUGCCCUCCAUGCCCUCAACAAUGUCUUCCAGGACAGCAGCGCCUUCACUAGGGAAACCCUGCAGGAAAUUUUUCAGAGGCUGUCCCCCAACACCAUGGUGACGCCCCACAAGAAGAGCAUGCUGGGAAAUGGGAACUAUGAUGUGAAUGUCAUCAUGGCAGCGCUUCAGACCAAAGGCUAUGAGGCAGUUUGGUGGGACAAGCGCAGGGAUGUGAACGUCAUUGCCCUGUCUAAUGUGAUGGGCUUCAUCAUGAAUCUGCCUUCCAGCCUUUGCUGGGGCCCCGUGAAGCUCCCCCUCAAGCGACAGCACUGGAUCUGUGUCCGGGAGGUGGGAGGCACCUACUACAACCUUGACUCCAAACUCAAGGUGCCUGAGUGGAUCGGAGGUGAAAGUGAGCUCAGGAAAUUUUUGAAACACCAGCUGAGAGGAAAGAACUGUGAACUCCUGCUGGUGGUGCCAGAGGAGGUGGAAGCACAUCAGAGCUGGAGAGCUGACGUGUGACGCAGACCACCUCUGCCCUCCUGCUACAGCUCUUCCCCUUUACUCAUACCCCCGACGUCCCGAAACCUGGAUAAUGGGUGCCCCAGCUCUUCUCACCUGCAGUUUCCUUUGUUAGGCUCUUCUCUUCCUUCCUUGGUGCAAUAGGGCAGCGGCGGAGGACGCUGGAGGCGGUGGGUGGGGAGGAAUUGAGGGCAGAGUGGAGGAAACCGGAAGCCAAUCGCUUUAUCGGCAAAGGCGGAUGAGCUGCGUGCCCUUCAUCUAGCUAGAAGGCAUUGUGCUCUUUAAAACCGGGCUUUGGGGCUGGGGUGUCUGGAAGCCUCUGGCCUCCCUUUCCCCGCGUGGUUCAAGGCCGUGUGUGCUGGGACACUGCUCCCGCCGGCGCUCGCCGGGGGCCGAGCACGCCGCCGCUCCUUCGCAAGUCUCUCCCUCUGAAACAAAUCAUCGUGAAGAUGUUUGCAAUUCCGAAGGGUCUCUCAGGACACUCUCAAACACUAGGAAUGGUACGGUGCUCUGCACGACCCUCUGCUGCUUAGCAGUGGUUUGUGCCAGGAAGUAGAAAACAAUAAUAAAACCAGUGUCAUCUUUCGAGAAAUCCUUUGGGUAGCCAGAGGAUUCUUCCCCAGUGUGUCCAGGGGUUUAUGUAUGUGGUGAGCAGUAGUUCAGCAGCAUGUGGUUGGCUAAGGCAUCGUGGAAACAGCAAGGACAGACUAAUUGAGGAGUAUCGAGUUUCUGGACUGGAGGGAGGCCAUAGUCUGCUUGGGUUUCUUUGUGCUACGUUGUUGGGUUGUUUUCUUUCUAUUUUUUAACAUCUAUUUUGGUUUUCUGCGUGGUCACCCAGUAGUUUAGGGGCUGCUUAGAGAGAAGAAUAAAACUGAAGGGGUUUUGAGAGGGAUUCAUUCCCUUUUUAUUUUCCCCUUUCCAGAAGUCUAGCCCACAGACACAAAUGUCAUGCGAGAUGUCUCAGAAAGAGGUAGAGUUACAAGGAGAAAAUUGGCUGAGGGCUGCCUUUAUAGUAGUCAGGUUUUGCCCUUUUUUGUCACUACUAGCCAAUAAUGUGGGAGAUGCAGAGGGUCCACCAGAACCUUCGGGUGUUAGAGACACCCUGGCCUGGUAGUUGAACCAACCUCUCUCUUCAGCAUUGGCUGACGAACAUUCCAUUAAUAGACAAAUCACUUUUUUCCUCCCCUCCCUUCUGUGGGGAGGAGUGACUAGGCAUGGAGAUGCUGAGAGGAAUCUCCACCAGCUGUUGCCCGGUCACCUGGGCGAGCUGUAGCUGCCAUGCCUUCACAGCAGGAGGAGGAAAUACCCAAUUUGGAACAGACUUCGCUGCGUUUAGCGCUUCCCGGCCGAGCUGCCGUUUGCUUCCCUCCUUCGCGCGUGGGGACGUCUCAGUUAAACAGCAAUCUCUGGGACGUGAUGGAGCUCGAAGGAUCCCACUCCAUCGUCCAGGAAAGUCUCGUUACUGGUGUUUGAGCUUGUGGAAGGAGGGGUUGUAACUACCUUUGCUGGGUUAUUUUUCUCCGGAGAGCUCUGCAAAGACGUGAGCGGGCGCUCGAAGCUGAGACACCGUCAAAAUCGCACCUUCCUAACAGAGAAGAGAGGCCACGUGCCCAUGGGACGAUGCUGUUCAGCGGCCCCCGGACAUCUGGCAAGCACCAUCCUGCAGUCUUUUGUGCGCAGCCUCCCGCAGUCAAGGGCAAAUGGCUCUUAACGUUUUCAAGACCCAACGUUUCUAUAAAAAGUCCUAUUUCGUAACACAUUCCAAUGACCAAUACCAGCUGGCAGAGUUUUUAAACGCUUUACAGGCAGGAUGCGCAGCCUGCAGGCAUUCUGCUCGUGACUUGAAGCCAUUUCUUCAAGAGGGGGAAGAAAAUAAAUCUCAACGACAACGUUUUCUAUGCUGAUUGAAGUCGCACUUUGGAGAAACCCUGUUUGCAUGGAAACUGCAAGCCAAUGGAUCAGUGCACAAUAUGCAAAGAUGUUUUAAAAUAUUUUGGGGCUACUUUCCUCUCCUUAUAUGUCAGCUCCUUUCUUGGGGGGGGGGGGGGGGGGGUGUGGGGUGGGGAACUGUGUUAUCCAGCUGCUCAGGUAAAGGGAAAGUGUAUGAUCACGCCCCCGUGGGAGGCGAGGCUGCGGAGCCCAAGGGUGGGCGAGCUGGUCCAGGCCCACCGCUCGGGAGCGGGGAAGCCUGUGUUUUGUUUUCUUGCUUGUUUGGUUUUGUUAGAGCCUUGUCUUGGGUUUGUUUACAGAGAUGUAUUUUGUUUAACCAAAUAAUUAAAAAUGGAGGAAAAAAAAAAAAAAAAACAAAAACAAAAAAAAAAAAACAUUUCCAUAUAAAUGUCCUAUCACUUCUGUAUGUUCAACUGAAUUGUUCUGUAACAAAGUACGUAAAGGAAAAAUAAAUUUUUUUUUUCUUUGGUUAUAAAACUAUACCCUUUCUGAACCUUGACUGGUGCUGAGGUAGAAGCACAGGGGGAGCCUCCCUUAAGCCUUGCAAAGCUUCCUCUGCCCUCUGAAGGUGACGAAGCCAUGUCUGGCCCUUUCCCCACGGCCAGGCCCUGCGUGAACCACAGGGGUCUCUACCCACAAAGCUACCACUAGCUCUGAAAGAACGGAGCCUUCCUAAAGGAUGUCUAUUAAAACCACACUGCUCAGGUUGGAUUUAUUUAAUAUUCAAUACAAAAAAAUACGCAGCCGAUAUCUGAAGUUCUACUUUAUGAGGCAGAGGAUCAGCGCGGACGUGAUCGUCUUGAACCUGGCCUGCUGCUCCCUCACUUCUCACACACACAUGAAGUUGCAGUGAAAGUAUUUUUGCAGAAGCAUCUUCCCGGAGAGUGUUUUUUGUGGGGUACAGCUACCCGCACCCCUCCUUCCUUUGCUUUGCUUUGCCUGCUGGGAAAGUCACUCCUCCUCCUCCUGUCAGCGGUGUCCUUCAGCUCCGAGUCAGCCAGGAAAGGAUUUGUUUUGUUUGACUGAUGCCUUUCGAAGCCUGACCUGUGCCCUGGGGUGGUUCUGUGGGGGGCAAGGGGGCUGGAAGAGGAACUUCCCCCAGUUCAAGUCUGUAACCGGUUAUGGCAUACUGAGUGAAUGAAAGGAAAGGCUCAUGACUUCUACGGGGGGAGGAUGCAGACAGGAGCCGUCAUCAGGUCCAGAGAGGGGGGGGUUUCUCCCCCUCAUUAUGAACAGGUCAAUGUCCCAAAGGAGAACCAAAAAUAAAAACAGAAAAGAAAAAAAAAAAAAAA